CUGACCAUUUCCUAUCAUACUUUCGUUCUUUUUUUUAUUGUCCGCAGAGGAGCAUUCGCGAACAAGCAGUCAUACAAUAAUCAACAAUUAUGGUCGCCGUUAAAAAACAGAAAAAAGCCCUGGAAUCGACCAAUGCUCGCUUGGCUUUGGUUAUGAAAUCAGGCAAAUAUUGUCUGGGUUAUAAGCAAACAUUAAAAACUUUGCGUCAAGGCAAAGCUAAAUUAGUGUUGAUCGCCAGUAAUACACCAGCGUUGAGAAAAUCGGAAAUUGAAUAUUACGCCAUGUUGGCCAAAACUGAGGUGCAACACUAUAUUGGUACAAAUAUCGAAUUAGGUACUGCAUGCGGCAAAUACUUUCGUGUAUGUACCAUGUCUAUCACAGAUCCCGGCGACUCUGACAUCAUUCGGUCCGCAACAGAUAAUUAAAGUUACGUAGUUUUUAUGUUAGAAAUUAAUAUUUUCAUACAUAGAAAUAAAAUAAUAAACAUGAUUAGUA